AUGCAACAUCCUCGCGCAACCCCUCGAGCGGGUCCUGGCCGAAAUUCUGUGAUCACGCCAGACGAAGGACAAUCAGCGUCGGAUGCCGCGUCUAGCGUGACCAACGGGUCUUUCAAAGAGAGCGCCUCAAAUAAAAUCGUGUUUAAAAUCUGUGAUCCUGAUCCAUCGUAUGAGACCUAUGAGACCUUUCGGGCCGUGCUCUUUUACUUGUACACUGGAUUUAUUGCGUUCACAUCGCUCGGAUCUGCCCAUGCGGAGACUGGCGCAGGUUCCGAGGCGACGGUGGAUAUGGAUGAUGACAGAGUUGCCAUGUACUGGAAUUUUGCGGAAUACAAGAACGCCCUGCGAUACAGCAAAUUCUGUGGUGAUCCAAGGUCGAUUUACGAGCUUGCAGAUUUGUGGGAAAUCCCUGGUUUGAAAAGAGCCGCGGCUUCGCAUAUCGAGAGGAAUCUCACUCCCGCUAACAUCGUCACCGGACUAUUCUCUGAUUUCACGGGACGCCACCCGGAACUGCAAGGAUUUCAUAUCGAACGGGCCAUCGAGUACUGGGACGACAUCGCUACCACUCCGGCUAUGAAAGAGGUCCUUCAGUCUCCGAAUCCUCAAACAGUGGAGAUCAUGCUGCGGCUGUUUGCGGGUCUGCGGAAAGAGAAGAGGUGA